AUGCAGAAGGAGCCUCGCUUUAUUGAUCAUGUUGAUAUUGAUGUCAACUGGAAUGGACUUACCCAGAAUUCCUUCUUCAAAAGACCGAAGGCCAAUAUACUUGUAUCAAUUCUUGGACACAAUGACUUAAAAAAGAAGCCGCUAACUGUUAAAAACAUGGCCCGAUUUCCUGUAAACACAGAUAUUCCAAUGGUGGACAUUGCCUCUCUGAUGAACACACUCCAGGGAGCUUUCUUUGAUCAGAGUCCACUGUUACUUGAUGCUGGCAUGGAUAACAAUUUUUUUGAUGUCCACUCUGACUUUGAUGUUUUCCGUAAACUUCCCGACACGCUCAGGAAGAUGUCUGACCGACUGCUGGACUCAGACUCCGUGUUACAGAGACACUCCGUGGGGUCACUAAAUGCCAGCAAACCCAGCCAUCUCAGACUGAUGGGGGAGUUGCAACUCAUACAGGAUGUCAUUAACACGGUGAGUGACCGUCCAGAAAUGCUGAAGAGUAAGACCCCCGACCUCUUUUCCUUCACCAUCACCGGUCUACAUGACAUCGUUAACAAACAUGGAGGGAAAUCUCCUCAGACAGAGGACGCUCACAGAUUGAUAUCAGACUUCAUAACAAAGAUGACAGAAGAUUUCAAGAAGUUAUACAAAGACAAUGUGGUGGUGGAAGUUCUGUCAAUUAAUCCCGAGGAAAAAUAUGUCAGGAAAACAAGGAGUCUGAUGGCCGUGGAGGACUCUGAUGUGGACAUCAAUCUCUCCAAGGACUACGAUGAGAAUUACCCCGCCAUAUUUAACAUUAUUCUGUGGUUUAUGAUUGCCAUGUUUGUCAUCCUCUUUGCGGUGUCGUACGGGAUGUGGAACAUUGACCCAGGGCGGGACAGUAUCAUCUACAGAAUGACCACGACCCGACUCAAGAAGGACUAGUCAUUUCCUGUCUCCAGCUAGCUCCUGUGAUUUAACUAUCAGAUGUUUCUCUUUCUCUAAACAUUGUGCUAAUAACAGGGAAAUUAAGAAUUGAAAAUUUGUAUUUAUGAAGUAAAGCAAUAUACUGUCAGAGCCUUUAUCCACUUUAUAUUGAAACUAAGCAAUGCAAAGGAUUUUUUUAAAUAAAAGGCUACAGCAGUGAAAUAGAAGGAAAAAAUAAAUUGUAAAGCUUAGGUUCUAAGAUGCUCUGUGCUAUUACAUGUAAAUUGUGAAAAUGAUAUGAACAAAUCUGCUUAUUCAGGGAGGGGGCUCAAUAAUGGGCCAUUUUCUCAAGCUCCCCGUAUACGAUAUUGAAUCAUGAAUUCCACCAUGUUAGUAUGUUACAAAAUUUACCAUAUUGUUUGUAGAAUGUGUUUGUAUAAUCAAUUUUUGAAAAGUUCUAGUCUAGCUACUAGUGAGGGUAUUACAUGUAUUGUAUGUUCUUGUAGUUAGUCAAUAUUCUUUUAUAGAUAAGGAUUGAUAACAAUAUUAUUAUUAUGGAUUGAAAUUGGGGAAAAUUGUGAUAAAUUUUGAACAUUUUAUUAUAUCUUAACUAGGUAUACAGAAACUUGAAUUUUUCAAAUUUUGUCAGCUAUUUUGCUUCAAACAUUGGAUAAAUUGGUUUUAUUUUAAGUAAACCAUAUCCAAAUUCUAAAGCUUUCAAGGUACUUUUAAAAUAGUCAGCUAUUUUGCUUCAAACACUGGGAAGAAUGAUUAAGUUCUAUCCUCAAUAUACAAUAUUUAAAAACUUUCAAGGUACAUGUACUUGAAUAUAUAAAUUACAAGCAGAGUGCUAAAAAUGAAAUUGGUCAGUGGAGCUUAACAUUCCAUUCUAUGAUACGUAUAUAGUAGAAAAUGAUUGUAAUGUGAUCUUGUUCCUAAAUUAAUAGUAUAUGUUAGAUUGAGUAUGUAUUAAGCAUCUCAUGGCAUUGUCUAAUUAUGUAUCACUGCUGUGGUAUUUGUGUGUACAUUAGAAAGUGGGAAAUGUUAAAGUAGUAUCAUGAAUUACAUGUCUUGUCCACCAAAACUAACUUUUGCAGUUGGAAAUCAGUGUGUGAGUGGGUGUAAAUUUUGAUAGAGAAUAUUUGUGUUUAUUAGGGUUUGUGUGAAAGUUCUGGGUGUUUGAAUGUUGUGGUAAUUUGAUUAUCUGUUCAAUGAUGUAGAUACUUCCUAAAUAUGUUAUAAACAAGAGUAUAAACAGAAUAAAUAAACACCUAUGUAAACUUAAA